AUGGCGACGCGCGCGGCGUCCUCCGCGGCGGCGUUCGCGCUUCCCUCCCGCGCGCGCUCGUCCUCCUCCGCGUACGCGCACCGCCGCGCGGCGCUCCGAUGCCGCGCGGCGUCGGAGACCGAGACCGGGUCGGUCGCGAAGGUUCGCGUCUUCACUGGCGCGCGCGCGGAGAUCGUCUACGGCGCGAAGGAUAACAUGCUCGCGUGCGUCGAGCGCGAAGACGACGACGGCGUGCGCGCCGCGGUGGAGGAACUGAGAGGGCUGAACCCCACGCCCGCGCCCGCGAAGUCGCCGUCGCUGCUCGGGACGUGGCGCCUCGUGUGGUCCGAGCAAUCGAGCGCGUCGAACCCGUUCCAGCGUCUGUUCGGCGCGAUCGCGAGGGAUAACUUUCAGGCGCGUUCUAUACACUGGUUCCCAUACGACCGCGUUGGCGUGAUCGUAAACGCGGACGACACGCUCGAGAACUUGGUGCGGCUCGGCCCGCUGACCGUGUCCGCGAUCGCGCCGAUCGCGGCGGUGAGCGACGUUCGAACGGAAGUCCGCGUGUCCACGAUCGACAUCUCUCUCUUCGGCGCGGUCGUGAAGCGCAUGGAGAUGACGCCGACGCCGGGGCGCGGCGCGGGGUUCGUCGAGCAGAUCUUUUUGGACGACGACAUGAGGCGCGUUCUAUACACUGGUCCCCAUACGACCGCGUUCGCGUGGUGA